ACAAUGGGGCAAAGCAACAAGCUUUCCUUUGACACGUGAUGCAAGUUUUGAUACACAACAGAACUGCCAGCCAGCGAGGAUAUAGAAGGCAGAGGAAUAUAGAUUUAUAUUUGUAUAUGUUUUGAAAGUAGGAUUAAAAAGUAGAGUGCAAAUUUGCAUUUUUCAAUAACGUCAGAAUUUACUCAAACAAUACAUCAGUGGAUGAACUCAUCCUUCAAUAUAAUAUUGCGAAGGAGCUUACAGCAACAACCACACGCAGCUUGAAUAGGCCUGGUUUGAACUGUUGCGAUUUGCGUUGCCUGGGGAGGAUGAGAAUUAUGAAGAGAUAUAAAACGCUGUUUCCUGAAGAAUUGAUAACCUAUUUAUAUGAAAUCUGAUUCGUAACAGGAACAUAUCAAAGCCUUUGGAAUGCUUGCAAAAUAAAAGCAAUGUUCUUAAACAGUAUCAUUAAACUGUGGAGGGACUGCUCAACAAAGACUUUUCAUUGUCACCACAGACAAAUAUUAAAGAUAUUUUUGCUGUUUUCAUUAGCUUUCUUGUUGUAUUCAUUGUUUUUAUGGAAACGUAACAGAAUUCAUACUAAAAGAACUUUUGGAAACAUUGAUGUUCAAGCUGUUGCUGUACCGGAAUCUUUCAAGCAACCUGGUAUUUACCAUUUCAACAAAAUUGUUGUGAAACCUGAUAUUACCAAUGAUAAACUUUUGUUCCUGGUACUGAUUUCAUCUUCAGCGGGAAGUCAGAAAAACAGGGAUAGAAGAGAAGCCAUUCGCAAGACUUGGGGAAACUGCAAUAAUAACCAGUUAGAAGAGGCAUUAAAAAAUCAAAGUUUGGCGCAUUCUGUUGCCAAAGGAAGUGAAUUUGUAAAGGAUUAUUAUAAGUGUAAAGUAUUCUUUUUUGUUGGAGAAACUGGCAAUAAAACGGAGGAUGCCAGAAUGAAGAAAGAGGCCACAGUUUAUAAAGAUUUAAUAAUUGUUGGUGUCAAAGAGAAUUAUAGAAACAUCACAUGGAAACUAAGAUCAGCAAUGCAAUUUACAUCACAUUUUGAUAUGAAAUACCUCAUUAAAUCUGAUGAUGAUGUUUACAUUAAUUUACCAAGGCUAGCUGAAUACAUAGCUACUGGACCAGGGUUCUCAACCCCAAUUUAUGGUGGAACAACCUAUACCGGCAAGGUUGUAAGAGACCCUUUGCAUAGACAUUAUGUCCAUAAAUUUGACUAUGAAGAAAGAUACUAUCCAUUGUAUUGCAAAGGAUCAAUGAUUGUUUUGUCUGGCAGCUUGCUGUCUUCAGUUGUGGGAGCAUUCGCACAUCUUAAACCUUUCAAUAUCGAUGAUGCAUACCUUGGAAUCACGCUUAAUAAACUUGGUGUAUCUCCAUUCAAACUUGAAAAGAUUGUGCAGUUUCAACAUCUCCCAGUUUUCCUAGACUAUCUCCAUUUAUGUGAUUUUUCUUGGUUGGUGGGUGUUGGUGAUGGGUUAGAUGCUACAAGAAUUCACAGUGUCCACAGAGCCAUGACUCUGGGAGACUCAUUACCUGUCUGGAUGUGUUUGCAUCUUAAUUUGUACCCGCUGAUAUGUUUACUACUUGUGGUGUUCUUUGCUGUUGCAGUUUUCAAAGCAAGAAAUUUAUUAUGUUGAAAAUAUACAUUUCCAGAUAUGAUUAAUAAUAGUUACUAGCCUACAAGGUAACCAGAAAUUUUAGUUAUUAUAGUUUGAAAAUAAUCAGGGCUCUGAAGACUCAUGUUUAAGAAAUAAAAAUUUCAAAAGUUUGCAGUAAAAUGCCCUAUGCAGUCAUUCUUGAUGCUAGGUAAGUGAUCAAAGAUAUUUAAAUUUAUGUAUAGACAUGACUUAAAGCACAUAUGAAAGAUAUUUUUGUGAUUUAUUGCACAACUAACUCAACAGUCCUUCAAAAUUGUUUGAAAUUUAACACAACAAAAAGCUUUAAUGCAACUUUGCUUUUCAAAACUAGUUCUCCUUUUCUAAUAUCCAAAGAAAUUGAACCAUAAGAGAUGUUGUGAAAUAUCAUUUACUUUUUUAUAGCAAUAGGAUUUUAUGGAGAUUAAAAGGGAAUUGUUUAAGAAAGAUCCAAAAGGAAUGGCUUGGUUAGCAACUUGAAGUCCUGUAUAUGAUAGCUCAUACAUUGAACAGUAUAACAAGGGUGGGCCCAGUAUAACAUACAUAUCUAAAAAAUACGUGUGACUUAUAAAUGUUAAUUUAAAUUAACCUUAUGAAAAACUUCAUGUUAAUCAUGCAGUCUUUCUGUUAGAUUUUGUCUCCAAUCUAGAAUCCAGGAGAUGAAAUUUAUCUGAUCGUUUUUGUUUUCUGAUGAAUUAAAAUUUAUCUGAUGUUUCUGUAUCACUGUCUUAUGCUGUUUAAAUUACUGUUUUAAAUUAUGAAGUUAAAAUUUGUUGCAUGUACCAACAACAGUCUAAUAAGGUAUGAUUUCAACAUGAGCUAUAUAAUUUUGAACUUUUUCUGUCAAUUACAAGCUCAAUCACUUGUUCCUUGAAGUAUAUAUGUGUAGUUAUAAUUUGUGUUGUUUAAAGUGUGUUAAUAAUAUAUAUUUAACAUGUUAACUAUAUGUGAGCAAAAUUUAGUCCAAUCUUAAAAUUUCAACUAAUUGAAUAUAAGUAAUUCAUAUCUAAACUGUCUUGCCAGUAGUAAUUCUCCUAGCAAGUUUCAGUGUUUCCAUUUGCGUUUUACAGGAUUAUGAACUGAGGUGUUUUAUGUAGGAGCUAAAAUACCUUAAGAACCAACACCCCCAUAGGAUCUGUUUAAAACCAGUGGCGAAUACCAGGGGGUGAGGGGGGUAGUUGCCA